AUGUUCUUCCGUUCGCGAGUCGCGGCAGAAGCAGCGGCGUUGAUGACUUAUUGGAGGAUUUUACGUUCUCGUCGUCCUCGUUCUCUUCCUUUAUCUCCUUUAUCUUCACCAUCAUCGUCGUCGUCUCGUACGCUUUCCUCGCAUUCGGAAUUCAUAAUGGAAAAAGAACGAGGCCAAUGGAGUGCCUUCGUGGCAAAAAACUCAUUUUCUUCUUCUGCCGCGACGCGGAGGGAACUCAACGCGGAAAUCGAAGAAGAAGAAGAAAAGCACGCUCAUCAAUGGAUGACGAACAACGAUUUGAAACUCGAGUUACAACAACUGUUCAAUCAUCAUCGUUACAACAACAACAAGAACAACAAGAACAACAUAAAAAACGCGGCUUCGACUAAAAGUGAACCGACAACAGGUGCACAGAAUUAUACGACGACGAAGACGACGAAACAAAAGAAGAACGAAAAAAAGUGCGUCGUUGGAAACGUGCCAGAAUACAUCUGUCGCUCUUCCUCGUUCUCCUCCGGGGUUGCUACGAAAAAAGAAUGCGACGAUGCGACGAAGACUUUAGUGGUGGCGGGAAGAAACGAGAAGACACGCUCGGAAUCCGAUUUACUCGGCGAGCUCGAUACCAUUCCAAAAAACGCUUUGUACGGUAUUGCCACCCAAAGGGCAGUGGACAAUUAUCCAAUCACCGGAGUGAAACUGAGCCACUUUCCGGAGUUUAUUCGCGCUUUAGCGUUCGUCAAGAAAGCAGCCGCGACGGCUAACUUUAAGGUUGGAUUAAUCUCGAAAGAAAUUUUUGAGGCGAUUUCCAUCGCGUGCGAUAGUUUGUUGGAUUCGAACGAACAUCACGGAGACUUCAUCGUCGAUGUCAUCCAAGGCGGCGCUGGCACAUCCACAAACAUGGCUGCGAACGAAAUCAUCGCGAAUUUGGCUAACUUGAGUUUGAACAAACCAAUCGGAUCGUACGAAAUCGUCCAUCCGAACGAUCACGUUAACUUGUGCCAAUCGACUAACGACGCCUAUCCUACCGCCGCCAAACUCGCGGUUGGUUUACACCACGAAAAAAUGGUUUGCGAAUUGAAACUGUUGAUUCAGUCUUUCCGCAAAAAAGGCGACGAGUUUAAAUACAUCGUCAAGAUGGGAAGAACCCAGUUACAGGAUGCCGUGCCGAUGACGUUGGGUCAAGAGUUUAACUCCUUUGCCAAUUCUCUCGAAUCGGACUUGGCGUAUUUAAUGAAGAACGUCAACGCGUUGUAUGAAUGCAAUUUAGGAGGCACCGCGAUUGGUACCUCCAUUACCGCGCACAAAGAGUUUUCCAAAGAAUCGAUCGACGCUUUGAAAGAUUUGACAAAAUUACCAUUCACAAGCGCGAAAGAUUUCGUCGAGGCGUCGAGUUCCACCUCUUCGUUUUUGUUGUUUUCGAGCAUUUUGAGAAGAAUCGCUUUGAAAACGUCAAAAAUUUGCAACGAUUUGCGUUUGUUGAGCUCUGGUCCGAGAUGUGGUUUCAACGAGAUUGAUUUACCCGCCGUCGCGCCUGGGUCUUCCAUUAUGCCGGGGAAAAUCAAUCCCGUCAUCCCCGAGGUGAUGAAUCAAGUGUGCUUUCAAGUCAUAGGCGCGGAUGCCGCGAUAUCCAUGGCUUCCGAACACGCGCAGUUGCAACUCAACGCGUUUGAACCUUUGAUCGUGUACAACUUAUUAAACUCGUUAGACUCCAUGACCAACGGUUUAAAAGUCUUGCGCGAAAAGUGUAUCGAUGGUAUCACCGCGAACGAAGACGUGUGCGCGAGCCACGUGAACAAUUCCAUCGGCAUCGUGACCGCGUUGUUGCCUAAAAUCGGGUACAAAAAAGCCACCCUCGUCGCAAAAACCGCGCUGGAAACGAACAAACCAGUUUCUCAAGUCGCCACGGAAGUGCUCAACUUUCUCUCCCAAGACGAGGCGGAAACGCUGCUGAACAUCGAAAACAUGACCGGCGUCGUCGCCGGCGAUAAAAACGCCGAGGCAAAAAGAAACUCGUAUCCCAAACGAGGCGUAGACAUCGAGUCGCCGCAAUCCGCCGGAGGUGAUAAGUGUAACUUCUGGAGUUACAUGUAUCCGCCGGAGAGGCAGUUGUUUCAAUCCGCCGGCGCUAUGUAA